AAGAAAUAUGCCCAAGAUGGUAACGUAUAUGGAAGCAGAAGAAAAAAUGAAGAAAAGUAGAAAAGGGAAGUCAUACAAAGUCAAGCUGCUAGCUCGCUGGCUACUUUUUAAGGCAGCUAGCUCGCUGAUCCACCAAUGCCAUAACUUGGAAACUCUUCACCACAUGAGCAAAAGUGUUAUUUUAUGUCUAUAUUGUUUGGAUCAGAGUUGUUUGCGUAUAUGAGUUUUCCUUCUUGAUCUGAGUCUCUAUCGAUCUGUCAGUCUUUACUUAGGUUUUUUGGGUAGCCAUGGGAAGAGCUCCAUGCUGUGACAAAGCUAACGUGAAGAGAGGAUCUUGGUCUCCAGACGAAGAUGCGACUCUCAAGGCCUACAUCGACACUCAUGGCACUGGUGGAAACUGGAUGGCUUUGCCUGCAAAAGCUGGCCUGAGGCGAUGUGGAAAAAGUUGCCGUUUACGAUGGCUGAAUUAUCUCAGGCCAGAUAUCAAGCAUGGAGGUUUUACUGAAGAAGAUGACUACAUUAUUUGUACCCUCCACAGCCAAAUUGGGAGCAGAUGGUCUGUGAUUGCCUCUCAGUUACCUGGAAGGACAGACAAUGAUGUGAAGAACUAUUGGAACACCAAAUUGAAGAAGAAGUUAGGAAAUAUUCUCAGUGUCGACAUAACAAAAAGUCAUGACAAAGUUGAUCAUGUUGGCUCAAAACCCAAAUCCCUGCCCUGCGUCUCGGGAGCUGAAAUCCAUAGUUCUGUUAAUGUUUCAUCUUCCCAAAAUCGAAACCCCAGUACUUCUUUUGGAUUAUCUGCUAAUUUUCACAGCCUGAGUUCAGAUCCAAUUAACCAGACAUAUUCUCCAGAGCUCAAUAUGGAUGUUCCAGAUCAAUUCAUGAGUACUAGUGCAAGUACUUCAAGGAACAGUACUACUUCUACUCGCAAUAAUAUUGUUUCAAGCAUCUCAAAUUCGUCUGCUACUUUUGGUCUGGACAGGUGUGUCUCAUUGGCUGGAAAUUCAUGUGAGGUGGUCUAUGGUUCUGGGGUUUUAAUGGAUUUUACUGGCUUCGGAUCUCCUUAUAAUAUUAAUGUUCCUGACAUUAAUUAUAGACUAUCAUGUUUUCAAGACAAAGCUGGUGAAGUUUCCCCCAGUAUGCCUUGCUACCAAAAUAUGGGUGAUUUUGCAUUUGCUGAUAUUAGGCCUCAAGGUCAUGUGCUUCAUGAUCCAAGUGUUAGAGAUCGAUAUUGAAAGAGCAAAUUAUAUGUAAAUCCUAUGUCCAGUAUAUGAGUAAAAUA